AUGGCUGAAUUCUUGCUACCUGGUACCAACAACUUCCGCAAAUUCACUCAGGAAUCCUUGGCUGCCAUCAGAAAGAGAAUUGCUGCCAAGAAGAAUUGUCGAAGAAAUACUAUAGAGCAGAAACCUGAGGUGAAACCACGUCCCCAGCUUGACCUGAAAGCUUUCCAGAAGUUACCAGCUCUCUAUGGAAAUCCUCCUCCAGAGCUCAUUGGGGAACCACUGGAAGAUCUUGACCCCUACUACAAAGAUCAUAAGGUUUUCAUAGUGCUAAACAAAAAGAAAACAAUCUUCAGAUUUACUGCUACACGUGCCCUGUGGAUCCUCAGUCCCUUCCAUCCAAUACGAAGAACAGCAAUUAAAAUUUUAGUGCACUCAUUAUUCACUUUGUUUAUCAUGUGCACCAUUCUAACUAAUUGUGUGUUCAUGGCUCUGACUGAGUCCUCAAAGACUACAUCUCCAUCGAAAUUACUCAAGUAUGUUGAAUUUACUUUCACUGGCAUUUACACUUUUGAAUCAUUGAUAAAAAUAUUGGCAAGAGGAUUCUGUCUAAAUGAAUUCACUUUCCUUCGAGAUCCCUGGAACUGGUUGGACUUCAGCGUUAUCGUUAUGGCGUAUGUGGGAGCAUUUAGUACCUGGGGAAGUGUGUCAGUCCUUCGGACUUUCAGGGUUCUGAGAGCUUUAAAAACCAUUUCAGUAGUCCCAGGACUCAAGAUCAUUGUAGGGGCACUUAUCCAGUCUGUUAAGAAACUUGCUAAUGUGAUGAUCCUGACUGUUUUCUGCCUGAGUGUCUUUGCCCUCAUUGGCCUCCAGCUUUUCAAGGGAAAUCUCAGACAAAAGUGUAUCAAGAACACUACAGAGUGUGGUAACAAAACAUGGGAAACCUAUGAAAUGUUUCUUAAUGAUUCAGAUGAUUUUGCUAAGAAAAAUGGCUCAUCAGAUAUUUUGCUGUGUGGUUCUGGUGCUGGGGCCUGUCCUCCAGGCUACAAAUGCUGUAAAAUUGGUCCAAAUCCUGAUUAUGGUUUCACCAGCUUUGAUACAUUUGGUUGGGCUUUUCUUUCCUUAUUCCGCCUGAUGACCCAGGACUACUGGGAGCGUCUGUACCAACAGACCCUCAGAGCUUCUGGGAAGGUGUAUAUAGUCUUCUUCAUGAUGGUCAUCUUUCUGGGCUCAUUUUAUCUAGUCAACUUGAUUCUGGCUGUAGUAACAAUGGCAUAUGAAGACCAGAACAAGGCCACCAUUGCUGAAACAGAGGCAAAGGAAAGGAAAUUUCGGGAAGCCAUGGAAUUAUUACAGAAGGAGCAAGAGUCAUUGGGUAUUAAAGGAAUUGAUAUCCUGUCACUUAGCUCCUUGGAAGACCCUUCUCUGUCUGCCAAAGAAAUCAAAGAAAGAAACAACAGGAAAAAGAGAAAUAAGUCCUUGGGGAUAGAAGAUAAUGAAGAAGAAGAAGAAUUCCCCAAGUCACAGUCCACAGACAAUCAACGAAAGUUGUCUCUCCUUGGCCUGGUGUAUGGUCCCAAUGCAAACCAGGGGAGACGCAGACUUAGCCACGGGAGCGUGUUCAGCUUCCAAAUACCCACUGCAGAAGCUGAUUCCAGGACGGAUUUCGGUGCUGAGGAAACCCACAGUGCUGGGGGACACAAAAUCCGGUGCCAUUCCCUGUCGGGCACACAGAUUGGAAGACGCUCCAGCUGGCAAAGCCAAAUGAGCCACAGCUCUCACCCCCCUACCCCGAACUGUGUGCAGAGCAAGUGGGCGAGCACGGAUGACUACCAUGGUGUGGUUUUGGGGCUGGGAGGAGGAAGCAGCAGGGUUCACAGUCAAGAUCCAGUGUCUUCUGAAGGAUUAGUGCUUCCACCGGUAAUGGAAGACUCGGGAAAGGGAGAUCUGCCAGCUGUGCAUGAUGAGAGCAGCAUGAUGCAUUUACCUCCUCAUCUGUCAGUGGAGUACUUUAAUGAGGCUCUUCAGAGACAGAGGGCAGCAAGUGUAGUCAGCAUAAUUACCAGUGUCUUGGAGGAACAUGAAGAAGCUCAGCAGAGAUGCCCACCACGCCUAAAGAAACUUGCUUUAAAGUAUCUGAUUUGGGACUGUUGUCCACUUUGGUUGAGAAUCAAGAAAAGAGUGGCUGCUUUCAUAAAGGAUCCUUUUUUUGAUCUCGCUAUCACUGUUUGCAUUGUGAUGAACACUUUGUUCAUGGCACUGGAGCACAAUGAUAUGUCACAUACUUUUAAAUUCAUGCUUAAAGUAGGCAACUUGGUUUUUACAGGAAUCUUCACGGCAGAAAUGAUCUUAAAAAUCAUCGCUCUAGAUCCCUAUUAUUAUUUUCAGCAGCCCUGGAAUAUUUUUGACAGUGUAAUUGUCACAUUGAGUUUAAUUGAACUGAGUUUGCCCAGAAGCAAAAACCAGAGGGAAAAGCGAAGAGGAGGAACCCUGUCAGUUUUACGAUCCUUCAGACUGCUAAGGGUCUUCAAACUGGCAAAGUCCUGGCCAACUUUAAACACUCUAAUCAAAAUAAUUUGUAACUCCCUGGGAGCGCUGAGUAAUCUGACCCUCGUCCUGGGAAUCAUCAUUUUCAUUUUUGCCAUAGUAGGGGUGCAACUUUUUGGGAAAAGUUAUAGGCUCAACUGUACUAGAAUAAGCGAAGAUUGCAAACCACGUUGGCACAUGAUGGACGUUUUCCACUCAUUCCUCGUCGUUUUCCGAAUUUUGUGUGGAGAAUGGAUUGAGACCAUGUGGGGCUGCAUGGUGGUUGCUGAACCACCACUGUGUCUUUUUGUCUUUCUGCUGGUAAUGGUGAUAGGAAAUUUAGUGGUUCUCAACCUUUUCAUUGCCCUACUGCUGAGUUCCUUCAGUGCUGACAGUCUCCAGACAACAGAGGAUGAUGGAGAGAUGAACAAUCUCCGGAUUGCCUUCGCUCGGAUCCACAAGGGAUUUCACUUUGUCAAGAGCAAGACGUGGGACACCUGUUGUGCAAAGCUCAGGCAUUUCAAGAAAGCACAGAGGAAGAAAAUCAAAUUGACUGCACAGAAAUCACUUGGGUUCAAGGCUGAAGAAAUAAAAAACCGUAAAGAGAAUUACAACAAUGAAUGGAUUGAGAAAAAUGGGGACAAAUGCUCAGGUCUCGAAGAUUUUGUUAACAAUCCCAACAUAGUUGUUUGUGUCCCUAUUGCUGAGGAGGAGAACACUAGUGAGGGUUUUGAGGAUGAUGAUAAACUGAGCUCAUUUACGGACACAGAAUACAGCAAACAGUUUGACAGUGUCAGCUCUUCUGAAGGCAGCACAGUGGAUCUGAAAAAUCCUGAGGAUGUUUUGAGGCAGAUUCCAGAAUUUUCUGAAGACUUCAAGACUCCAGAACAAUGUUUUCCAGAAGGUUGUGCUCGACACUUUCGUUGUUAUGUGGGUAGUGCUGCAAACUUUGGAGGAGAAACAUGGUGGAACCUGAGGAAAACCUGCUACCAGAUUGUCGAACACUCUUGGUUUGAAUCCUUUAUCAUAUUCAUGAUUCUUCUGAGCAGUGGAGCCCUGGCAUUUGAAGACAUCCAUUUACCAAAGAGAGUCAGAAUUCAAAUGAUACUGGCAUUUCUUGACAAAAUGUUCACUUACAUCUUUGUUCUGGAGAUGCUUCUGAAAUGGGUGGCUUAUGGCUUCAAGAAGUAUUUCACCAAUGCCUGGUGCUGGCUGGACUUUCUUAUUGUAGAUGUGGUUGUCAAUGCCCUCCUGGGAGCCAUCCCUUCCAUCAUGAAUGUUCUGCUUGUCUGCCUCAUCUUCUGGCUCAUCUUUAGCAUCAUGGGAGUGAACCUCUUUGCUGGGAAGUUUGGGAAAUGUGUCAACCUGACAGAAGAAGAUUCCACAUUAAAUGACAUGAUCAAAAACAAAUCAGACUGUGAGAAUUACAAUAACACGGGAAAAAUAUUCUGGGUCAAUGUCAAAGUCAACUUUGAUAACGUUGGCUCUGGCUACCUGGCUCUUCUUCAGGUGGCAACAUUCAAAGGUUGGAUGGACAUCAUGUAUGCAGCAGUAGAUUCACGAGAGAAAGAUGACCAGCCAGAGAUGGAGCACAAUCUGUACAUGUAUCUCUACUUUGUGGUCUUCAUCGUCUUUGGAUCUUUCUUUACCCUGAACCUCUUUGUUGGUGUUAUUAUUGACAACUUCAACCAACAAAAGAAAAAGAUAAGUGGGGAAGAUAUCUUUAUGACAGAAGAACAGAAAAAAUACUACAAUGCAAUGAAAAAGUUGGGAUCCAAGAAACCUCAAAAACCCAUUCCGAGACCACUGAACAAAUACCAAGGGUUCCUUUUUGACAUUGUAACAUGCCAAACCUUUGAUGUUGUCAUCAUGGUUCUCAUCUGCCUUAAUAUGAUCAUGAUGAUGGUGGAAACCUAUGAGCAAAGUGAAACGAAGACGAUUGUCCUGAACAAAAUCAAUAUACUCUUCGUUGUCAUCUUUACUGCAGAGUGUGUCCUGAAAUUGGUGGCUCUGAGGCAAUACUAUUUCUCAAAUGCCUGGAACAUAUUUGAUUUAGUGGUUGUUAUUAUGUCACUUGUUGCCCUACUGCUUUCUAGCAUCGGCAGAGCAUUUGAGCAUAUCUUACCACCCACACUCUUCAGGGUCAUUCGCUUGGCUCGGAUUGGACGAAUACUGAGACUCAUCCGGGCUGCCAGAGGAAUUCGGACUCUGCUUUUUGCCUUAAUGAUGUCCCUGCCUGCUCUGUUCAACAUUGGCCUCUUGCUUUUCUUGGUCAUGUUCAUCUAUGCCAUUUUUGGUAUGGCUAACUUUGCCUAUGUGAAGAUGGACGAUGGCAUUGAUGACAUGUUCAACUUCCAAACCUUCGCUAACAGCAUGCUCUGUCUCUUCCAAAUCACCACAUCAGCUGGCUGGGAUCUUCUUCUCAGUCCUAUUUUAAACACUGGGCCACCAUACUGUGAUCCAAGCAUACAUGGUACUGUAGGUGAAUGUGGUAAACCUGCCACAGGUAUUAUAUAUUUUGUAAGUUACAUCAUUAUAUCAUUUCUCAUUGUUGUAAACAUGUAUAUAGCUGUUAUUCUGGAGAACUUCAAUGUUGCUACUGAGGAAAGUACAGAGCCUUUAGGGGAAGAUGACUUUGACAUCUUUUAUGAAAUCUGGGAGAAGUUUGAUCCUGAGGCAACUCAAUUUAUAACUUUCUCUGCGCUUUCAGAUUUCGCAGAUGCUCUGGCUGAACCUUUACGUGUACCAAAACCAAACAAAGUUGAACUCACAGCCAUGGACCUGCCUCUGGUCAGUGGGGACAAGAUACACUGCUUGGAUAUCUUGUUUGCAUUUACCAAGAGAGUGUUGGGAGAUUCUGGGGAGUUGGAUACUCUAAAAGUACAAAUGGAGGAGAAGUUCAUGGCUGCCAACCCAUCAAAACAGUCCUAUGAGCCAAUAUCCACCACACUCAGGCACAGACAGGAGGAAGCCUGUGCCACAGUCAUCCAACGUGCCUACAGGAGUCACCUGCUCCUACGCUCCUUAAAACAGGCUUCUUACCUGUACCACCGUAGAACUUGCAGUGCUGACACUCUGGGAGAGGCUGCUCCAGAGAAUGAGGGACUUAUUGCAUCUAUGAUGGCUGCAAACUAUGGUAGGAGUCCUAACAAGUCUGAAACUUUGUCCUCAGUAUCCCUUCCUCCUUCGUAUGACAGUGCCACAAGAGAGAGUAGUGGCAAUCUUGUGGUUGAGAAUGAAGAAAUAACAGGUAAUCAGCAAUCUCCAGACAUUAAAUAG